UCAGUCGUAUUUAGAAAGUUUUCAGCAAAAUGUUCCGGGAAAACGUACCUUCCCAACUCGUCAAUCAUGAAGCGGAUAUCGGCCAUAAUCAUGCACCAGAGACUCCUAACAACAAGCCUUUUGAGAUGGCCGUUUGUGCAGGCACCAUAUCAACAGCUCCGGCAACGCAAAAUAUUGAACUACGAGGAUGCCGCGACGUGGCCUGUCAGACAGAUCUUAUAAGCGAUUUUACCUUGCCUAACGCGCCGUCCAGUUCGCCGAACAAACUAGAAAAUCGUUCUACCCAGACUGAGCCUGCAACCCGAAGUGUUUUUACUCGCUCAUCACGUUUUCUUUUAGUAUCGAACGAAAAUCCAUCUGAAAGGCAGUACUCUACGGCGUCAGUGACGCCAUCUCAUAGGGGAGACUCUACAGCAGUUUUAUCAAGUGGGCGGGGCAGAGGUCGUUUCCGUGGUCGAGGAAACAAUCGCGUCCGGCUACGGCGAGCUGUGAGCCUUCCGAAUAUUACUACUGCCACUACGUUGAACAAUAAUAAUAAUAGCAAUAAUCAGGAUCAGAUCAAUCUACUGAAUCCGGAAGCGGUAGGUAGGAGCGCAAGCCUUUUCACGAGCGGCGGAGCCAGUACGCCCAAUGACAUUUUGGCACUGCUUGAAGCUCGGCUUGGUGAAACUCCUCUACAGUCAUCUUCAACACGAUCACUGCAAGAUCCCCCAGCUCCUCCACCUGUUAGCCCAACUGAGGCAACGCCAAUAACAAGAUUACAAGGGGUUUCGGUAACCCCUGGUGCCACUCUCUCUGUACAAAUCAUGGCUCAAGACGCUGAUAGCCUUUCCACUAGUGACAAUUUGACAAUACUGGCACCAAAGAGUCAACAAGCGGUGCCUGUUAAGCCCGUUCCGGGUUUCAGCCCUAAGCGACAGCAACAUCACGACUUCUCCACUUGGACAACUGAAAUUGACUCGAUGUCUGAACGUCCUCCGCGAGUAGCACCGAACGCCAACACAUCAAGUGUUAAUAGCAGUUUAUCCCCAUUGCCCGGCAGAACAUCCUGGGGUUCUACGCAAACAACCAGUAUGCCCGGCACUUCUCUACUAAUGAAUUUCGAUGGACUUAAUAUAGUAGGUUCGCCGGAGGCAAGAAACAGACGGCGUGGGGUAAGAGGAUUCCUGAGUCGAUUGCUCGGUAAAGAGGGCUCUAGCAGGCCAAAGGUACCAGGCGCCACGAGUUCAUCGAGGCAAGCUCGUGCCACCAACAGGACCCUGAGGACCUUUAACACCCAACAGGCGACAACCGCUGGCGGUGGCGUUUCGAAUAGCGACUCAACUGGAUGAUUUCAUAAGGGCGCAGUAGUAUUCCGUUACACAAAAAGUCAAGCGCGUUGGAUUUAAUGUACAAGGUCCGUGGAUAUAAUGCUGCGAUUAAUUACAGUCUCAUAGGAUUUGUAUGCUGUACUGUUAAUGAAUGUGUUUUACUUAAUCGAGUUUAGCCUUUCAAUGGAUCACAUAGUAUUACUUAUAUAGCAGGCUAUUGUUAACGAAAUUAGUCAGCGGCAUUUGUGGAACUUCGGCACGCCGCUCAAAAAAUACGCUAGCGCCGAACUUAUGCGAGGAGGGACAAGCAGUUAAGGAUUACUGGUG